CAUCUUUUGAAAACGCUCAACCGUUGUUCCCCUUCUUCACCUUCACUUUGCCAUCAGGCUGACCCUGACAGAUUCGGAUCGGUACCUACUCUCAGGAACCUUGAUAACAUUGACCAACGACGAGACGAACAGUGGGAUUUGAUAUAUUGAGCUAGGGACGUGACACGCUGCUCGCGUGCGCUCCUCGGUUUCUAUUCUUCUUCUUCGCCAACCCACCCCACUGGGCAUCGUCCAGUCUUUCGGAAGUGCAAGCCAACACACCAACAGAGAAACGCUUCACGGCUACUUGCGCCAAACAGCUGCAAAGGACCCCGUCCAGAAAGGAAGGACCCGUAAAACCAUGUCCGACAAGGAAAUGGCACCCGGCGCGGCCGCCGAGGCCAAGGACACUACCGUCACCGGACUUGACAGCGGAGUCAACACCGCUCCGGAGGUUGAAGCCCCCGGACCAGGCAACUUUGACCUGCCGUCGGGAUGGAUGUACAAGAAGUUCCGCAUUGCCGGCAGCGAAGUCUGGUACGCGUCGCCCAAGGUUCAAUUGCUCGUCGUGUCCAUGGUGUGCUUCCUGUGCCCGGGUAUGUUCAACGCCCUUAGCGGUCUAGGCGCCGGUGGUCUGGAAAACGAUACUGCGCAGGCCCAGGCAAACACUGCGCUCUACUCGACUUUUGCCGUCGUCGGAUUCUUCUCUGGAACCUUUGCCAACCGUCUGGGAAUCAAACUCACCAUGGCCAUCGGUGGCCUGGGCUACUGCGUCUACUCGGCUAGCUUUUUGUGCUAUGUCCAUACCAAGAACAUCGGCUUCGUCAUCUUUGCGGGUGCACUCCUGGGUGUGUGCGCUGGCCUGCUGUGGUGUGGUCAGGGUGCCAUCAUGAUGUCUUAUCCUCCCGAGUCGCACAAGGGCCGUUAUAUCAGUUGGUUCUGGAUCAUUUUCAACCUGGGAGCCGUUGUUGGUUCAUUCAUCCCCCUGGGACAAAACAUCAACAACUACACGGGCGGCGUCACGGAUGGUACCUAUGUCGGCUUCAUUGUGCUGAUGUUGGUUGGCGCCCUUCUUGCCCUGUUUCUGUGCAACUCGGGGUCGGUGAUUCGUGACGAUGGUACCAAGGUUAUUGGAAUGAAGAACCCGUCUUGGCUCUCGGAAUUCAAGGGUCUCUGGUCCGUCCUGAUCGAAGAGCCGUGGAUCGUCGCCCUCUUCCCCAUGUUCUUCGCCUCCAACAUCUUCUACACGUACCAGCUCAACAACAUGAACGGCGCCAUGUUCAACGUUCGCACGCGUUCGCUCAACAGCUUGCUGUACUGGAUCGCGCAAAUCAUUGGUGCCAUCAUCUUUGGUUACGCGCUCGACUUCCCGGGCGUGCGCCGGUCUAUCCGCGCCCGCGUCUCGCUUGGUGCCCUCACCGCCCUGACCUUUAUCAUUUGGGGUGGUGGCUGGGCGUUCCAGUCCAAGCAGCCCUCGCGCGCUGUCGUCUCGAGCGAGGCUCACCGCAAGAUUGACUGGACCGACGGUGGUGAGGCUUACAUCGGCCCCAUGUUCUUGUUCAUGGCCUACGGCUUCUUCGACGCCAUCUGGCAGACGUCCAUCUACUGGUACAUGGGCGCCCUGUCCAACUCUGGACGCAAGGCUGCGAACCUCGCCGGCUUCUACAAGGGCAUCCAGUCUGCCGGUGCUGCCGUCUUUUGGCGCCUCGACAGCUUGGGUGUUGAGUUUAACACGAUUUUCGGUGCCACUUGGGGUAUUCUUGCCGCCUGCCUCAUCUUUGCAGCUCCGAUCAUUUGGCUCAAGAUCAAGGACACGGUUGACGUCGACGUUGACCUGAAGGGAACCGACGAGACAGCCUCGGAUGUUGUGGUGGCCCCUGACGCCAACGCAGAGAAGCGUAUGGACGUUUGAAAUGCAUGACGCUGCUGUUUCUGGCAAGGAUGUACAACGUGUGAUUUUGGUUUCCUGGUUGUUGUAUGAACGGGAAGCUGUCUACACGGAAACCUGCUUAAUAAUGAGUGGCUUGUAGAUGCAGACCACAGGAUGCGUCAGGGAGUUGUUUUUAUCAACACUGCAUCGACUUUAUUGCGUAGAAUACAAACAUCGUUGAUUUGUUA